GAUUGCAUCGAGUUGCUAACUGUUUGUCUUUUGAACAGCCGUUUUCUCGAUUCCUGUCUUACCACCAACGUUGCAUUUACGUAUUAGCGAAGAAAAUGCCUGGAUGAUUGAGUUCAUCACCACAGGAGCGGUUUCUGGAGAAGCUGAUGAAACUUGGCACUCUUGUGGACCCGGAAAAACAGAGUUUCAUGUGCGAAAACGACGGUAGAUUGUACUUUCGUGUGACCUCCGUAAAAUUCGAAGACCUCUACGAUUGGUCCGACCCCGACCAGAAAUGGAAGAGUCAUCGUGUUAGCGGUCGUCAGCUGAGACGAUCUAACAGCAUGCCUACAGGGAGCCUGGUGCAGCUCAACGAUGAGGGCAUCGCUCUCUUCCGCUACAAGGAACUGCUCUUUGCCAUUAAAGAGAAAUGUCCCCAUCUAGGGGGCCCUCUACACAUGGGUGAUAUAGAGGUUUUACCGGAUAUGUCCAUCUGCGUCAAAUGUCCCUGGCAUAAGUGGAGCAUUGACCUGACCUCUGGAGAGGUCAAAUCGCCCAAAGGUCGCAAAGAAGUCAGCUCCGUGACCUUUCCCACCAAGAUCGAUGAGAGCGGGACCAUCUUCAUCGGGUUUCAGAAAUUCAGUGGGAAGUAUUUUUCAGGUGAUGAAGAUUUUUAAAUGCUACGCCAUUCAGCAUUCUCACCACAAAAUUGCUAACUCUUGCUCCUAAAUUUCCCAGUAAGUGUAAACUGGCCUAGUAAUUUCCCAGUAAGUGUAAACUGGCCGAGCAAUUUUUCAGAAAGUGUAAACUGGCCUAGCAAUUUACCAGUAAGUGUAAACUGGCCUAGCAAUUUUCCAGUAGGUGUAAACUGGCCUAGCAAUUUUCCACUAAGUGUAAACUGGCCUAGCAAUUUUCCAGUAGGUGUAAACUGGCCUAGCAAUUUUCCAGUAGGUGUAAACUGGCCUAGCAAUUUUCCAGUAAGUGUAAACUGGCCUGGCAAUUUCCAAAGGGCAACGCUUCAUUAGGAAGACCUCAGCACUUUUGUUUUCUGAAAAUGUGCAUCAGUACUGUAAAAGCAGAAACUUUUGUCCACACAAAAUGUUCUGGAAUCUUGCAACUGGCUCUUAAACUUUUGUGAAAUCUUAAUGCGGCAAAAUAAUCUAAUCACAAUUGACAUAACAAUGAAUUCUUGUACACUGUACUAUGCAAAAUGUUCUUGCCCUGAAAAUUGCUGUCGGUUACAAUAUCGUGAAAGUAUUUGGUUGCAAUUUCUUUUUAUAAAGGUAUAUUCAUUUCCCCCGUUAGUACUUUUGUUUGGGAGAAACUACUCCUAUUCUUAAGUCUGUUACUCUUGGUAUUACCAUGGAGCUAUAAGAGCUCCAUGGUAUAAGUACCAAGUGUGUAAUGUGUAAUACACCGAUGAGAACUCAGAUGCCAUUUAUAUGUAUGGCACACAAUGUUCCGCAAAGUCUUGCUUUCUGCUCAGCUUCUGUUUUGAUGGAUAAAAUCAAAAAUUUUUGAAGGGAUGGCUAGUCUCUUCACAUCAUUUAUCUUUACCCCGUCAUGUAUUUAUCAGUAUUCUUAAACCCUGGUUAAAAGAUUAAAAAGUCCUGCCAAGUACAAAUGUAUAUUCUUGCCGCUCUUUAAUUACAUUAUGCAUCAGGUAAACUUAUACAUUUUGUAAGAUAGACAAAAUAUACCGGGUGAAUCAGAAAAUCUUAGAA